GGACUGUCGAUCUCCCAUCUCUAGAUCAUCAGCCAACAGCAUCAAAACAGCCACCCGCCUUCAAAAGCCAGCUUUCUCCGUCCUCUCCAACAUCACUCGCUACCAGUCACUCAUUGAAUCCUCUUUCCCAACAACUACCAUCAAAAUGAAGUUCACCACUCCUAUCGUCUUCCUCGCCGCUGGCGUCCUUGCGACACCUACUCCUGAGCUCUGCGAGCGUGAGCUCAGCCAGGUCAACACCAUCAUGACCACCGUCCUGAACGGCAUCCAGAGCCUCGAUGGCUCCAUCUGCGCCUACGCUGGCGGUGACGGCAAGGAUCUUGAGGAUGCACCUACCACCAUGCUCACCACCAUCCGCACCGCCACCUACAACGCGGUUGCCAUGUUGCCUCUGACCAUGGACGAGGCCAUUGCCUUCCAGCCCCUCUCCGAUCAGCUCAACGCCGCCGGCGACAAGCUCCUCAUUGACCUCAGCGAGAAGGUUCCUUCGUUCGCUCAGGCCGGUAUCUGCGACAGCACUCUCUCCUGGGUUGCUCAGAUUGGCGGAAACGUCCACACUCUGAUGACCUCCAUCUCCACCAAGUUCCCUGCCGGCGGCAAGGGCGGCGAUGAGAUUACUCACUUCGACGGUAUUUUCCAGGAGAUGCAGGACAAGCUCAGCACUUGCGCUACUGGCGGCAAGGGCUCCUCCUCCGGCGCCGGCAAUGACAACAAGGGUGUCGGAUCCGCUACCAAGGCCGUCCCCGCUGCUACUGCCACCGCCUCCGUUACUGCUCACACCAACGGCACCCGCGGUGCUUCUCCUACCGCCACCACCGUCGUCACUGCCGGCGCUGCUCUGAUGACCUUCUCCGGUGCCGGCUUGGCUGCCGCCAUCUUCGCUCUUGUCCUGUAAAUCUGCCUCGUGCAGUCUUGAUGGAACCACAAAAAUAGCCGCUAGGGGGCCGCUGGGGGUGGAACUCUGCACAUAUGUGACCGAAUUUCUUGUUUAUACGGGGCUGUCCAUACACGCGCGCACCUCGAUGAAGUCAUGAUUUAUUUUAACAGGAGGGGCUUGUUCUUGCAAAUAAUGUGUAGUCAGUCACAUAGAUACCAACAAGAAUUUUCAAACGACUUAAUCCACAAGG